CUCACAUCACAUGCUAUUUUUUCAUAAUAAUAGCACCACUAAAAUGUUAUAAAAAUGGAUAUAAAUGAACAAAAUACUACAUUCGUAACAAAAUUUAACAUAAACAAUCGAAGUAUUUACAUAAAAGUCUCGUGGAAAGAUACCGAAACAGACGUAUUUCGCUUAAAACUGUACGAAGGAGAACGCACUUGGUCGGGGCGAUUUUCUGCCGAGUUUGCUGAGAAAUACAGGGACGGUUUUGACGAAACUAAACCAGAAUACUUGAAAAAUGUUGAACAGAGUUUAAAAGGUGACAGUGAUGAUUUUACCUACGCUUUUAGUGAGACCGGCGAUGAUGAGGCAACGUUCGUUUGGAAGAAGAAAUUCGUAGGUUCUACUGCAACUAGAAGCCAUGGAUCGGUGUCCUUGAAACUGGAUGCUCCCGAGUCCAAAGACGUUUUGAUAGAUUUCUUAUUGGAUGAAAAUAAGAGUUUACAGCAAGCCAUAUCAGAUUAUAAUGAGAGGACCAACAUAUUGACUGGAGAGCUAGACAAAUGCAAGCAGGAAAUGGAGAAAUAUGUAGACAUCAAGACCACUUUAGAGUCUGUGUUGUAUGGGAAGUUUGUUCAGAUAUUGAAUACUAAGAAGAGGAGAAUAGAGCUACUUGAAGAAAAUAUACAGAAGUUCACUCAAGGAAAUAAUGUUUAAACUAUAGCUGGUCAAGCAAAUCUUGUCAGUAGAAAAAGGCGGCAAAUUUAAAAAAUGUAGGCGCGAAACAUGCGCGAAAGGAUAUCGUCCCAUAGAAAAUUUGAAUUUCGCGCCUUUUUCUACUGACAAGAUUUGCUUGACCAACUACAUAUAGAAAUUUUAAUUACUUUUAUUUUAUCUGUGAUCUCUUUAAAUAUAUAGUCUGGCAAAAAAGAGUAGAAAUUAAAAAGUGGCAACACUAUAGUUUCGUCCCGUUUUUCUUAGAUUGAUUUGAAAGGGACAACACUACAGUGUUGCCACUUUUUAAUUUCUACUCUUUUUUGCCAGACUACUGAUUGUCAGUUACUAGAAAAUUACUGGAGUGUCCCACAGAUAUGUCCCAUAAAAAUGUCUGUAUUUAUUUGAAACUUAUUAUUAAAUUCUGAAAUACUAACCUACAUCUGUAUAGAUUAAACUGUAUUAUUAUUUUUUCUUCAGUUUAGGAAUAGACAAUAGAUUUUUUGUUUUUGAGAUCUAUGAUUUGUUGAUGUAGAUUAGUAAUAUUUAUCAAAGAUGUCAUGUUAAUGUAAAAAUAAAGGUUCACUUAAUGAGUGUGUAUUAUAAAAAAAGAACAUUUUGGUCAUAUGCAAACAAUAAAUUAUCUGGUAAUAAAAAAAUCGAACUUUUCAUACUUACCUCAUUAAUAAAAAGUGGACAGGUUUUGUGUAUGCCUUUUUCACAUUAAGAUUCUCUUGUGCUCAACAAAGAUCACCUUCCGCUAUGGCAAUUAGUGUAACUCGUAAUUAACCAUACUUUGCAUAGGGUCAUUCAACCCCCUCCCACAGUGAAUGUGUUAAAAAAAAAGUUAUUUAUUUAGGUACCAACCCAUUACAUUAAAAUAAUAAUUAUUCUAAUUUGUACAUGCUAUCUAUAUUAAAUUUAACUUUUCUAAACUAAACUGAAAUAUAAUACCUAAGCUAUAACAUUAAUUAAAUAGUUGCAGCGGAAGCCUUGCUCAUACAGUAGCAGGUUGUGUACACUACGUUAACAAUGCUGUUCGUCGAUUCACUCUCACUCUCCCGACAAACGACCAGUGCCUUUUACACAUUAUAGUGUAAAAGUCAUCUACUCUGUUCACUAAACACUGAACCCACUUGUACUCUGUUGUUAAACUAGUGGUACUGUGAGUUUUAGUCUGUAGACCUUGCAUACCCCCAUGGUUCCGCCAUUUUGAAAAAUUUGCAAAGAGAGUACAUAUCUGAAUGUCAUAACACCUGUGGCAUGCCCUACAACUGAUGCCUUAACACAGCGGUUCUCAAACUUUUGUGACGCAACCCAUUUGGUAAGCGAAAUAUUUGAAGCCCCAAAUAAAAAAAAAUCGUUCGUCACUGACUCACUGUGGACCAGAUAU